AUGUCUUCUAAGCAAAGAAAGCUGAGCAUUUCUGGUCCGUCUACACGUAAGCCGCUCCAGAGCAUACGACGAGCAUCUUUAGAUGAGGGUGUUGCAUUGAUUGUCUUUUGUGUUGCAAUCGUUUUUUCAAAAUCAACAGUUCCUACUAUUUCGAAAAGUUCUGCCAGUUGUGAAAGUUUUCUCUCGCUGGGCAAAGAUUACAAAAACGUAGAUGAUAAUCUGUGGUAUACGCUGGACGUGUGUUUACAUCGUUCCACUGAUGCGCAUAAACCAGAACCUGGAACAGUGCUCUUCUUACACAACCGCCCCACAGCGAUGGUGGACGAAUUUAUAACUAGAAUAACUAACAUUACGGCUUGUAAUUUCGGUGGCACGAGGCCAAUCAUUCUAAAUGGCAAAUAUUUCCACCGGGCUGACAUCCAACAAGAUUACGGCGUGUUUGUGCAACAACAAAAGACCACCUUGCUAGAACAAGGGGUGAUGGUGGUGCGAAAUUUGGAAGAUAUUCCCGCAAAGGCCGCACAAGCUUUUCACACAAUCUGCGAUACUGAAGAACCGUUGGUUGAAAAGGCGAUAAUUUACUUGUCUUUGGACACAUCGAAAACAGUAAGCCGGAUGGAUUUCGGUGAACGUAGUGCCACGGCGGAAGCAGAACAUUUGCUUCAGGAAAUGUGGAAAAAUGAUCUACGGCCAGAAUUUCUCAACCCGCUGAUCGUUCGACUGACAGAAAAUGUAUACCGUAUUGGAUAAGAUGUUUCGACACAAUCAAAUUAUUUAUCGGCUAUUAUCC